AUGGGAGCUGGGGGAAGUGUCGAAGACAAGGCAUUAGCCGCAAAGUCCAAGGAGCUGGAAAAGCAGCUGGCGGAGGAUGCAGACAAAGAAGCCAAGACAGUCAAGCUUCUGCUGCUUGGUGCUGGUGAGUCUGGGAAGAGCACAAUUGUCAAGCAGAUGAAAAUUCUCCAUCAAGGUGGUUAUACCAAAGAAGAACAAUUGGAGUUCAGGGCGAUCAUCUAUGGUAACAUCCUGCAGUCUGCUCUGGCCAUUAUCAGAGGCAUGGAGAUGUUGUCCAUUGACUUUGGAUCACCAAAGGGAUCUGAAGACGGGCAGAAGCUGUCCAACCUGUCAGACUCCAUUGAAGAGGGCUCAAUGCCCCCUGAGCUGGCUGAUGUCAUCAAGAGGCUCUGGAGUGACAGUGGUGUCCAGGCCUCCUUCGAGAGAGCAGCUGAGUACCAGCUCAACGACUCAGCUGGCUAUUAUCUUGGAGAAUUGGACAGAAUCACAAAGUCUGAUUACCUGCCCAACGAGCAGGAUGUGCUGCGUUCUCGAGUCAAGACCACCGGUAUCAUCGAGGAGCAGUUCUCCUGCAAAGAGCUGCACUUCAGGAUGUUCGAUGUGGGCGGCCAGCGGUCGGAGAGAAAGAAGUGGAUCCAUUGUUUUGAGGGUGUAACCUGCAUCAUCUUCUGCGGAGCCCUCAGUGCUUAUGACAUGGUGCUUGUAGAGGACGAUGAAGUGAACCGUAUGCAUGAGUCUCUCCACCUGUUCAACAGUAUCUGUAACCACAGGUUCUUCGCCACCACCUCCAUCGUACUCUUCCUCAACAAGAAGGAUCUCUUCGAGGAGAAGAUCAAGAAGGUCCACCUCAGCAUCUGCUUCCCAGACUACAAUGGCCCCAACACGUAUGAUGAUGCCAGCGACUACAUCAAGAAGCAGUUUGAGGAGCUGAACAUGAAGAAGGGUGUCAAAGAAAUCUACUCUCACUUGACCUGCGCCACGGACACAAAGAACGUUGAGAUUGUGUUCGGAGCCGUGACAGACAUCAUUAUCAAAGAGAACCUAAAAUCUUGCGGUCUGUUCUAA